AUGCAUUUAGUUUACACAAAGUUGGGAAAAUGAGAAUACUUAAGUGCCUCUUGGGCCUGAUCUUCCUCUGGUUUCCUAGUGUAACCUUGGAGAAGCUUAACCAUAACUAUGCCAUGUCUAUAUUCGAUUUGGGGGAGCUGCUGACCCACAGUCAAGUGCUGGUCAAUCAGCUAGAGGUGUACGCGGAUAAGUUGCAGCAGAGGGUGGAUCUUGUCGACAGCUACAUAGAGAUUAUGAAAGAGAAGAUGGCACAAGCCGAAAAGAGGGAUAGCGAGCCGCUAUCCAGUUUUCCCUUCAUGCGACACAUGCAAACGGAUUGGGCCAACAUUUUGUGGCAUCUAGAGCAGCAGCCAGGAGAAGCUCAAGCUACAGCAUUUAGUCUCUUACACUCCGAAUUGCCGACUGCCAAGGAUGUGAGGGAAGCCGUUAAUGGGUUGUUCCGCAUUCAGUUAAUUUACAACGUUAAUGGCUCUGAUAUGGCCAGGGGACUCCUCAUGGGAGUACAGCACAAUUACUCCCUCACCGCCUUUGAGGUCCAUACCAUGGCCAAGUAUCUGGUGGAAGCAGAGGAAUAUAUCGUGGCAAAAGAUUGUAUCUCGGUGGCCUUGGACUUAUACCUGGCGGAUGAGGCCAACUGGGACUUGUAUGAGCAGCAGGGACUGUCAUCGGACAGCCUUUACGAGCUGCACGUCGAGGUGUUGGAUAACUUGAGUGCGGACAAGGAAAUGCCUCUUGCCCUGAUGAUGGCAGCCAUGAAGAGGUAUCCAGAGAGUCAGAACUUGAAACGAGCUCUCACUCGGCUGGAAAUGAGCGUUCGCAUUGGAGAAGAGCCACAGGGUCAGGAGAUGGAAGACGUGUUUAGCUACUUUCGCUGCUGCAGCAGCGAGUGCCGUCGGGGGUCCCGACUCUACUGCCUCUACAACUCCAAGGCCACGGCCUUCCUCCGGCUGGCGCCGCUGAAAAUGGAGCUGCUUUCCCUCGAUCCCUAUGUGGUGCUGUACCACGAUGUGCUCUCGGACAUUGAAGUGCUAGCACUAAAGUCGCUGGCAAAGGGGCACCUGGUUCGGUCGGUAAGCCACAAUGUGACGGAAACUGAAAACUCGGAGGAUCCCCACCGCACCACAAAACUCGUUUGGCUCGACCGCGACAGCGAUCUAAGCCACAGCGUAGUGAGCAGGAUGGAAAUAUUGACAGAGGACAUGACCAGCCUCGAUCUCAAUAGUUCGGAGCCAUUACAGGUUAUCAACUACGGCAUUGGCGGCCACUAUGCCCAGCACGCGGACUAUUUUACCGAGGACGGCUCCGAUCCACAUCUCCCCGAUCGCAUUGCCACAGUCAUGUUUUACUUGAGUGAUGUGCCCCUGGGUGGCGCUACAGUGUUUCCAUUGAUCAACCUGUCGGUGCUGCCCAAGAAGGGAUCAGCUUUGUUUUGGUACAACCUGGAUCAUAGAGGGCACGGCAUGUCCUCCACCUCCCACUCGGCGUGCCCAGUUAUCGUCGGCUCCAAAUGGAUUAUGGCCAAGUGGAAAAAUAGGCUUCCCCAACUAUUUCGACGGCCCUGCCUGAGAGAGCAGUGAAUAAAGGAGAGAACC